GGUAUGCAAUCGUCGGAGGGUUCACCAGAUAUGAUGGAUCAAAAAUACAACAGCGUGCGAUUGUCGCCAGCGCAAUCAAGUCGCAUUUUGUACCAUGUGCCGUGCAAGGUUUGCCGGGAUCACAGUUCCGGCAAGCAUUACGGCAUCUAUGCCUGCGAUGGCUGUGCGGGAUUCUUUAAGCGGAGCAUUCGCCGUUCCCGGCAAUAUGUGUGCAAGUCCCAGAAGCAAGGACUCUGCGUGGUGGAUAAGACACAUCGGAAUCAAUGCCGUGCCUGUCGAUUGCGCAAGUGCUUUGAUGUCGGCAUGAACAAGGAUGCAGUGCAGCAUGAGCGUGGACCUCGCAACUCCACGCUGCGUCGUCACAUGGCCAUGUACAAGGAUGCCAUGAUGGGAGCCGGCGAGAUGCCACAGAUACCACCAGAGAUCCUGAUGAAUACAGCUGCUCUGACUGGAUUUCCUGGCCUGCCAAUGCCCAUUCCCGGCGUGCAACGUAGUCACCAUCAUGCCGCAUUGAGUGCCGCCUUCCAGCCACCACCGCCUGCCGCUGUGCUCGAUCUGUCCGUGCCACGGGUUCCACAUCAUCCAGUGCACCAGGGUCACCAUGGCUUCUUCUCACCCACCGCCGCCUAUAUGAACGCCUUGGCCACUCGGGCAUUGCCGCCAACGCCGCCAUUGAUGGCCGCUGAGCACAUCAAGGAAACUGCCGCGGAGCAUCUCUUCAAGAAUGUGAACUGGAUCAAGAGUGUGCGCGCUUUCACCGAGCUGCCAAUGCCCGAUCAGCUGCUGCUGCUCGAGGAGUCCUGGAAGGAGUUCUUCAUUCUGGCCAUGGCUCAGUAUCUCAUGCCCAUGAACUUUGCCCAGCUGCUGUUCAUCUACGAAUCGGAGAAUGCCAAUCGUGAGAUUGUGGCCAUUGUUUCCCGUGAGGUGCACGCUUUCCAGGAUGUCCUGAAUCAGCUCUGUCAUCUGAAUAUCGACAGCACGGAAUACGAGUGUCUGCGUGCCAUCUCCCUCUUCCGCAAAUCACCACCAGCUGCCAGCUCCACUGAGGAUCUGGCCAACAGUUCCAUCUUGACUGGCAGUGGCAGUCCCAACUCGAGUGCCUCGGCUGAAUCCCGUGGUCUGCUGGAGUCCAGCAAGGUGGCAGCUAUGCACAAUGAUGCCCGGAACGCUCUCCACAAUUAUAUUUCGAGGACACAUCCAAAUCAACCGUUGCGCUUCCAGACGCUCCUCGGCGUCGUCUCGUUGAUGCACAAGGUGUCCAGCUUCACCAUCGAGGAGCUGUUCUUUCGCAAAACCAUUGGAGAUAUUACCAUCGUUCGUCUUAUUUCCGACAUGUACAGUCAGCGUAAGAUCUAAGUCGGAAUCGGAAUCGGACUCGGAGUCGGAGUCGUUAAUUUGCCGUCGGCAAAUUCGCAUCCGUGCACUUGAAGUGCCUUCGUAGUGCUGGAAACUGUGAUAUCUAAAAUUGGAGUUGGAAACGGAAUUAACACUGCCUGAGACAGUGACAGUAAAAAAUAAAAAUUA